AUGGCUGAAGCUGAAUUGAAUCUGAUCAACAAGGUUGAACUUCGGAUCGCAUUGGCUGAUACAGAUGCAAAGUUCCAAUCUUCUUUAGAUCUUUAUUUAUGUCCUUUAUUAUUAAAAUUAUCAUCUCAACAUGGUUCAGUUCGUCAAGAGAUUUUGAAAUUUAUACAACAUUUAAUACCAAGAAUCAAUUCUCAUAGAUCUAUAAAAUUACCAGUCUUGAAAUUGGUGGACCAGGCUAAAGUUGUUAAAGAAGAUACAAAUUAUUCAAGUGUUCAAUUAUAUUCUUUAUUAUUUGCAUCAAAGGGUAUUGAUAGAUUAGAUUUAUCCGAAAAAAGAGAAAUAUUACCUAAAGUUAUUAAAGGGAUUCAUAAGUUCGAUAACAAUGUUGGUGCUAGACUAUUUCAUGUUUUCUGCAAACUUUUGAAUGGUUGGACUACACCUGAUCGUGGUAAUGAUGAUUUUAAAUUAAUUAGAGAUGAAUUAGAUAUAGAUUUAGCAGAUGAACUAUUCUUGGUACAAAACAUUGCAAAAUUAUUCUUGUUAGUUCCAGUGGUGAAUGAUGAUGGUGUCAUACCAAGAGGCUAUACGUGUGCUGGGUUAAGCUCAAAAGAUACAUCAUUUUUAACUUAUGAUGCUGGUGUUUCAUACAAAAAGGAAGAUUUAGCUAUAGUGAAAAAGAACAUUGCAGCUUUUUUACCAGUUUUUCAUGAUGAGAAUUUAAUUGAAGCUUUGAUAAUUGGUGUAAAUGAUUCAAAUGAAACUGUUGGUAACCUAUGUGCUAGUUUAUUUAGAAAAGUUAAUAUUCCUUAUGAAGAUAAACAAUUGAUUGAUCGUCUUGUAUCUUUAUUUGUUGGUGAUAAAACAGCUCCAAGAUCCCCUGUUAGAGGACCAGUACAGGAAAGAAUCUUAUCUAUUUUGACAGGUAGUAAAAUUGCUGCUCAAAACCCAAACGUUUCAAUUAUUACCUCUAUUGGGUUGAAUGCUAUGCAAUUUCCAAGAUUGAAGGCUACAACUAUACAAUUUAUCCAAUGGGUUGCUAAAAAUGGAAGUACAGGUAUUCUUUCAAAUGAUUCUGCAGAAUAUUCAGUUAAUGUUGCAUCUCAAUUAAGAAAUAAUUUACAUGCUGAAGGAUGGCCAAGAAUUCAAACUGCUGUUGCCUCAAGUAAUUCAACUGAAUUAAAACAUAGAUCUGCUCAAUAUGAAGCCUUAGGUGAAAUUUUGAAAAGAGAUUUCAAUCUUUUGAAAGAUUUAUCAUAUAUUGAAUUUCUUUUUGAUUCAUUAUUGGGAGAUUUACCAGUGUUGAGAACAACAAUUCAAGAAGCUUUAAGUUCUUUAGUUAUUCAUUUACCUAAUUUACCAGAUACUUCAAAGGAUAAACUUAAAAAUUUUUGUACAAGAUUUUUACAAAAUGAUGAUUUUAGUGAUGAAGGUUCAGAUGCUAUAAAUUCUGUCCGUUUCGUUGCCAUCAAAUUCAUUAAUACCGCUUUCCCAUUUCAAGAUCAUGAAGCUAGAUUAUUGAAUGUUUUGGGUACAUCUUCUAAGAAUAGAUCAGAUGUUAUUGAAGAAGCUAAUAAAGGCCUACAUCCAUAUUGGUUUAAUAUCUUACAAUCAUCAAAUACAUUAGAAUUCAAAUCAACGGGUGAAUUAUUAGGUGUUGGUAAUACACUUCAAUUCCCUUCUUUUAACAAAUUUGUUGAAGGAUUAGGUAAACAAAUUCAAUAUGCUAAAGAAAGAGAUGCUGCGACUUUAAGAUCUUCUAUAAAUAACGGUGUCGAAUAUGCAUUACGUGUAUUGGUCACUGAGGCUAUUGGUGAUACCACGACAGUUGUUGUUCAAGAUCAAGAAUGGGCAACCAGAGUUGAUAAAGCAUUGGAAUAUGAUGAUAAAGUUAUUGGUCUUGUUCAAAAACAACUGGAACAUAUUGAAGGACUCACUGAAUACUUAGGCAUUUUGUUAAAUGAAUUUGUUAAAACUGACUCUAAUGAAGUUAUUGUUUCAGUUUCAGAAUCAGUUACCGAUCCAAUAUUUGGUAAAAUUUUCUUAAAGAUCUUAUCAUUAUCUCCUCAAAAUGUUGUACAAAACUUUACAUCACAUGUCUCUAGACUUGUUAAAAUCAUUGAACAAACCAAAUUUACAAGGGAUGAUAUUAUUCAAAAUGUUGCUCAUUCUAUUGGUAUCCUUGGAUCACAUCCUUCAGUUACAGAUGAUGAAGUAAAGAAAAUUUAUCAAAGUGUUUCCACUUAUCGUGAACAUAAAGAAUAUUUGAAACUUCCAAUAAGUGGUAAUAUCCUAACUAUUGGAUAUUUAAUUGGUAGAUUACUUUUGAGAGGUAGAAAUGUCUUUAGUGAUGAUGAUGUUACUGAAAUUUAUAAAAUUUUGGUUGAAACUCUAUCUUCAAAUGAUUCAAGAUUGAAUGGUGCAGCUACAACUGCAAUAACACAAAUUGCAUUAUUUGUUAAAAAAUCAGAUGAAAGAUCUGUUUUAGCAUGGUCUGUGCUUUCCUUAUCAGAAGAAGAAUCCACUGGAGAUGAAUUUACUAAAUUUGAAGAAGCAAUUUAUGAAACACAUAUAACCAAACAAGUUGAAUCUUUGUUCACUUCAGGUGAAGCAUUCUCAAUUUUAGCUGCUGGUUGGGAUUCCAAAUAUUUGAAAAAGCAAAUUGAAAUCCAAAGUGAAGAUCUUGUAUUCCACACAUACCCAAGAUCAAACAGAUUAACAUUCAUUUUGAAUAAAAUUCUACAAGCAUCAAGUAGUACAAAGCCAAGCUUAAGAAAAGCUGGUUGUAUUUGGUUAUUAUCAAUUGUUCAAUAUUGUGGUCAUUUACCAAUCAUUUCAGAAAAAUCAGGUGCAAUCCAUGUCACAUUUAUGAAAUUCUUAGCUGAUAGAGAUGAAUUAGUCCAAGAGUCUGCAUCAAGAGGUUUAAGUAUGAUUUAUGAAUUAGGUAAUGCUGAUUUGAAAGAAACACUAGUGAAAUCAUUAUUAAGAUCAUUUACAGAAUCAACAUCUUCCGCUAAAUUAGGUGCAGGUACUGUUUCUGAAGAUACUGAACUAUUUGAACCUGGUGUUUUGAAAACUGAUGAUGGUUCUGUCUCGACUUAUAAAGAUAUUUUAAAUUUAGCUUCAGAAGUUGGUGAUCCUUCACUUGUUUAUAAGUUCAUGUCAUUAGCUAAAAGUUCUGCAUUAUGGUCUUCAAGAAAAGGUAUUGCUUUUGGGUUAGGUAGUAUCAUGUCUAAAUCAAGUCUUGAUAAAUUGUUAUUUGAAAAUGAAUCAUUAUCAAAUCGUUUGAUUCCAAAACUUUACAGAUACAGAUUCGAUCCAAAUCCUUCAGUUGCUAGAUCAAUGAGUGAUAUUUGGUCAACUAUUGUUCAAGAUAGCUCUAAAACUAUCGAUCAAUAUCACGAGGCUAUAUUGAAAGAAUUGUUGACAGGAAUGGGUAACAAAGAAUGGAGAGUCAGAGACGCCAGUACUGUUGCUUUGACUGAUUUGUUACAAGCUUUGGAUAAAACCAAGUAUCAAGAUAAGAUGGAGGAAAUUUGGACUAUGGGAUUCCGUGCUAUUGAUGAUAUCAAAGAUAGUGUCAGAAAAGCUGGUGGUGGUCUUACAAGAGCUUUGUCACAAAUGCUUGUCAAUAGUAUUAAUGUUGAAUCAGGACAAUCAGAAGCUCAUGCAAAAGAUGUGUUAUCACAAUUAUUACCAUUCUUAUUAGGUACUAAAGGUAUUCAAAGUGAUGCAGAAGAUGUUCGUGAUUUUGCCCUAAAGACUAUUUUGAAGCUUGUUAAAAAAGGUGGUAAAGCCAUCAAACCAUUUAUUGCUGAUUUAAUUGAUCAAUUUGUGCUAUUGAUGUCUACUUUGGAACCACAAAUCAUUAAUUAUUUGGCUCUUAAUGCUGACAAGUAUAACUUAAAACAUGAUGAUAUUGAUGCAAAGAGAUUACAAAGUAUUGGUAGUUCCCCAAUGAUGAAUUCAUUAGAAAAAUUAAUUGAUUUAAUUGAUGAAGAUAUCUUAGGUGAAGUUGUGACAAAAUUACAAUCUACUGUGAAAAGAUCUGUUGGGCUACCAUCAAAAGCUGCCGCUAGUAGAGUUUUUGUCACAUUGAUCAUUAGACAUUUACAACUAUUGAAACCUUAUGGUGAUACCUUGCUAAACACCUGUGUUGCGCAAUUAAGUGAUAGAAAUACAACGGUCUCUUCUUCUUUUGCCACUGCUGCUGCUUAUGUUUGUCGAGUUUGCUCAGCUGAUUCUGUUGCCAAAUAUGCAGAAAAGAUUCAAUCAUUUUAUUUCGAAUCAGAAGAUGACGUUCCAAAAAUCAUUGCUGGUGUUGCAUCUGAAGCUGUUUCUAAAUAUUCAGGUGAUAAAUUCACAUCAGUCGCAAGUGCAUUUUUACCAAUAGCUUUCAUUGCCAAAAAUGAUGCUAAUAAAGAAGUAGCAAAGAAUUUUGAAAGUGAAUGGACUGAAAAUACUUCAGGUAAUGGUGCUGUUAAACUUUACAUUCAUGAAAUUUGUGAAUUAGUCAAGAAAUAUAUCUCAUCACCACAAUUUUCUAUUAGACAAACAACUGCUAAAAGUAUAGCACAAGCAUGUAAUGCCAUUGAUGGUGCUACUGGUAUCGGGUCAAGUGCUGACGAAUUAUUCGAAGUGUUAAUGAAUGCAUGUCAAGGUCGUUCAUGGAAUGGUAAAGAAGAUGUUUUACAAGCUCUCGUUUCGUUAUCUGCCAAAUCUAAAUCCUUUGUUGAAAAGAAAGAAGAUUUAUUAGCUAAAAUCAACAAGAUUGUUGUUACUGAAGCAAAGAGACGUAAUAGAGAAUAUCAGAAUCAUGCUAUUGUUUCUUUAGGUGAAUUUGCCAAAGUUUAUCCAACUGAAGAGCUCCAUGAUAAAGUCUUAGAAAUCUUUGAACCAAUCUUGAGUGAUGAAUAUUAUGAAGAAGAAGAUGAAGAUGAAGAAAUGGUUGACAAAGAUGAGAAAAAAUCAGCUAAUGAAAAAUCUUCUAGAAAGAACUUGACAAGAGAAGCUCAUAGAAUCAAAGCUCUUGAUUCAUUAGUGAAGAGUUUCCAAUUGUAUGAUGAUAAGACAUACCAUACUGAAUUAUUAGAGUUCAUUAAUGAUUCAUUGAAAGGAACUAUAAUUUCAAAGAUUAUAAUACCAACUUGGAGAUCACAAAUUGCAGUUGUUGAAAGUUUGCAAAAAAUAGGUGAUGUUCUACAUGAUGCAAAAUCAAUCAAUAACAAGACUGAAGAAUCUUUGUUAAAGAUUUGGGUUAUAACUUUUGAAAAUAAUACCCGUGAAGAAGAUGUGGAAAAUGUUAGAAUUCAAACAGUUAGAGCUGCUAAGUCAUUAUUAGGGGUCUCAAAUGAAAGAUUGACAUCCAGAAUAAAGGAUGAUUUGACCUCAUUGGAGAAUAAGGAAACAUCAUCUGUUGUGAAAGUAGAAAUCACAAAUGCUUUGAAUUAA